UACGUAGCGUUCUUGAAAUUGUUCCGUCAAUCUCAAUCCAACCUCUCAGUGGCAGUUCGUGAUGUGAAUUGCUUCGGAACAAACCCGACUCUCCGGUUCCAGCAAUAAAAAGAUUACGAAUCUACCUUAUUCUAGGUUGUAGGCGGGACAGAAAGUGCCGCAAACUCCCAAAGGGAAAUAGUUACUCGGAGAUCCGCUGAAAAGGAGCUCGGUCUCUGACGUUUCUCCUUUCUGAUUUGCGCAAGCUCCCCGGGCAGCGGGCGUAAGUUUGACUUCGCUCGGCCACCGUCCCCGCGCCGGGACGGGGUAUUUUGUCCGCCUGCCGCCGCCGUCCGAGCUGUUAGUCACCGAGUUCCAGGCCGCGGGAGCGUGGGGUGUGCGAGAGCCGGCUGGCGUUGCCGGCACCAUGGAGUCGCCUCUUAGCCCGGGCCUUUCUCACCGAGCGAACGAGGAUUGGGAUUCUACUCUGUUUGCUGAAUUUGGCUAUUUCACAGACACUGAUGGCCUGCAGUUGGACACGACAAAGGAAACUUACGAAAAUAAUUUUGAUACUCUUGAUUUUGACUUGGAUUUGAUGCCUUGGGAGACAGGCAUUUUGGACAUCAACAACCAGUUCUGUACAGGCAUUAAGGCAGAGCCUCAGCCACCUUCUCCAGCCUCUUCGAGUUGUUCAGUCUCCUCUCCUCAGUCCGUGGACUCUUGUUCUUCAACCCAGCACGUUCCUGAGGAGUUGGAUUUGUCUUCUGCUUCCCAGAUGUCUCCCCUUUCCUUGUACGGUGAAAGCUCUCAUAGUCCCUCCUCAGCAGAGCCACUGAAAGAAGAUAAGCCCAUCAUUGGCCCUAGGAGCAGAGUUGCAAAUGGAAUGACUCCAAAGAAAAAAAUUCAGAUGACUUCAAAACCUUCAAUUCAGCCCAAGCCUUUAAUACUUCCAGCAGCACCCAAGACUCAGACAAACUCCAGCGUUCCAGCAAAAACCAUCAUAAUUCAGACACUGCCAACACUGAUGCCAUUGGCAAAGCAGCAACCAAUUAUCAGCAUACAUCCUGCACCCGCUAAAGGUCCAACAGUAGUGCUCUCUUCGCCUGCCGUGGUCCAGCUUCAGGCACCUGGAGUCCUGCCCUCUCCUGCCCCGGUCCUUGCUGUCACCGGGGGAGCCACGCAACUACCUAAUCCCAUGCUGAAUGUGGUGCCGGCCCCUGUGGCCAACAGCCUGGCGAAUGGAAAACUCUCUGUGACUAAACCUGUCCUACAAAGCACCGUGAGAAGUGUGGGCUCGGAUAUUGCUGUACUAAGGAGACAGCAACGUAUGAUAAAAAAUCGAGAGUCCGCGUGUCAGUCCCGCAAGAAGAAGAAAGAAUAUAUGCUUGGCUUGGAGGCCAGGUUAAAGGCCGCGCUCUUGGAGAAUGAGAAGCUCAAGAAGGAGAACGGGUCACUGAAGAGGCAGCUGGACGAAGUGGUGUCCGAGAACCAGAGGCUUAAAGUUCCUAAUCCAAAACGAAGAGCUAUCUGUGUGAUGGUGGUGUUGGCGUUUAUAGUGCUCAACUAUGGACCCAUGAACAUGCUGGAACAGGAUUCCAGGAGAAAGAAUCCUAGUGUGAACCCUGCAAAUCAGAGGAGGCAUCUUCUAGAAUUUUCUGCUAAAGAGGUGCAAGACACAUCAGAUGGUAUCAUCCAGAAAAACAGCUACAGAUACGAUCAUUCUGUUUCGAAUGACAAGGCCCUGAUGGUGCUCAGCGAAGAGCCACUCCUCUAUAUCCCUCCCCCUCCUUGUCAGCCCCUGAUUAACACCACAGAAUCUCUCAGGUUAAAUCAUGAGCUUCGAGGAUGGGUUCACAGGCAUGAAGUGGAAAGGACCAAGUCCAGAAGAAUGACGAAUAAUCAACAGAAAACCCGUAUUCUUCAGGGUGCUCUGGAACAGGGCUCAAAUUCUCAGCUCAUGGCUGUCCAAUACACAGAAACCACUAGGAUCAGCAGGAACUCAGGGAGUGAGCUGCAAGUGUAUUAUGCAUCACCCAGAAGUUAUCAAGACUUCUUUGAAGCCAUCCGCAGAAGGGGAGAUACGUUCUAUGUCGUGUCAUUUCGAAGGGAUCACCUGCUAUUACCAGCUACCACCCAUAACAAGACCACAAGACCAAAGAUGUCAAUUGUAUUACCGGCAAUAAACAUAAAUGAGAACGUGAUCAACGGGCAGGAUUACGAAGUGAUGAUGCAGAUUGACUGCCAGGUGAUGGACACCAGGAUUCUGCACAUCAAGAGCUCGUCCGUUCCUCCUUAUCUCCGGGACCAGCAGAGGAAUCAGACCAACACCUUCUUUGGCUCCCCUCCUGCAGCCACGGAGGCAGCCCACGUCGUCAGCACCAUCCCGGAGUCGUUACAGUAGUGACGUGGGGCUGCGUGGGAAAACAGUGGGACUCUGCCAGACCGCAGAGCGGGGAGAGAUGCUCCGUCCUGCCUGCUUGGUGGCGAGCACAGAGCCGCCUCGCCGCGGGGUUCAACGGAGUGGGAAAAGCUGUUUUUCGCCAUCUGCCCUUCCACUUGGAAAGCACUGAAAUUCAGACUCGAGGGAGACGGCAUUUCUCCAGUGGCAGCUGCCUCCCUGUCCUCCAGUGCUGCCUGGGGUGGACUGUUUCCUGUACUUUCUGAAUUGCUGUCUCUUCUGUAUUUCUGUUGUGUUUAAAUAGUCAUCUUUACAGUAAGAUCCCCUUCCCUCCUCUGCCAUUUCACUUCUUGAUAAAGAGAUUUUUAUUUACA